GCCAAGUUGGGCCGGUGGUCGGUGGUUUGUGGUCCCGCGAGGCGGCGCGGAGCGGCCGGGCCGGCGCCAUUCCCCCCGUCCCGGGCGCCGAGUGCGCCCCUCCCUGGGCCCGCCGGAGGUCCGCACGGAGUGCGCUCGGCCGCGCGACUCCGGAGUGUUCUCGGUGCGCCGCGCCCGUGGCGAGUUCAGGCUCCAGUGGCCGCGUGCUAGGAGGAGGCUGGAGCCCGGUUAGGAAGAUGGAGUUGGCGACUCGCUCCCAGAUCCCUAAAGAAGUGGCUGACAUCUUCAACGCCCCCAGCGAUGAUGAAGAGUUUAUGGGUUUCCAGGAUGAUGUUCCCAUGGAAACCCUCUCAUCUGAGGAAAGCUGCGACAGUUUUGACUCGCUGGAAUUGGGGAAACAGCAGGAUGUGCAUCUCCAUUCCAAAUACUUUACAGAAGAGCUAAGAAGAAUUUUUAUAGAGGACACUGACUCAGAUUCUGAAGACUUUGAAGGAUUUACCCAGAGUGAGCUGAACAUAAACAGUAACCCAGAAGUCACGCUCGUGGAGUCAGAUUUGAGUGACAAAGGUAAAGCAUCCCUGGUGAGUGAGGAAGAGGAGAAUGAAGAAGAAAAAGCUGCCCCCAGAAGAGGCAGGUCUAGAAGAAGCAGCAUCGGCCUUCGAGUAGCCUUUCAGUUCCCCACCAAGAAAUUGACAAAAACUUCAGAUAAAAACAGUUCCUCUGAGCUACUGUUUCCUAGCUCACAUUUACAGGACAGUAAACAGAUUCUUGGGCGAAACAAAAGCUGCAGACAGGCAAAGGAAAGGGAAGAUUCUGCCUCUGAGUCUGAGGAUGACUCCAGGGACGAGAGCCAGGAGAGCUCGGAUGCUCUGCGGAAGAGGACCAUGAACAUCAAGGAGAACAAGGCUGUGCUUGCUCAGUUACUGGCAGAGUUGAACUCAAUGCCAGAUUUCUUCCCAGUGCGAACCCCAACUUCAGCUUCCAAGAAGAAAACAGUGCGGCGGGCCUUCUCAGAGGGACAGAUCACACGACGUAUGAACCCCACCCGGAGCGCCCGGCCCCCAGAAAAGUUUGCUCUGGAAAACUUUGCCUUGUCAGCCACCAAAUUUGCAGAAGAGUUUUACAGUUUCAGAAGAAGGAAAACAAUUAGUGGGGGGAAAUGCCAGAAGUAUAGACGCCGUCGCCGUAUAUCUUCUUUUCGCCCUGUGGAGGAUAUCACUGAAGAGGACCUGGAAAAUGUUGCCAUAACUGUUCGAGAUAAAAUCUAUGAUAAAGUUCUGGGUAACACAUGCCAUCAGUGUCGGCAGAAGACCAUUGACACCAAGACAGUGUGUCGGAACCAGAGCUGUGGUGGAGUGCGAGGACAGUUCUGUGGGCCAUGCCUUCGGAAUCGCUACGGGGAAGAUGUGAGGGUGGCAUUGCUGGACCCGGAUUGGAUGUGUCCUCCCUGCCGUGGGAUCUGCAAUUGUAGUUACUGUCGGAGGCGUGAUGGCCGGUGUGCCACAGGAAUCCUCAUUCAUCUGGCCAAGUUUUACGGCUAUGACAAUGUUAAAGAGUAUCUGGAGAGCUUACAAAAGCAGCUGGUAGAAGACAAUUGAGAGAAGAAAGAACCAGCCAACUACCAGAGUACGCCAAGCUAUAUACCUUAUAGUUGUGUUUUGAUAUGGAAGUUUUUUGGAGAUUUAUUGUUUUUAAAUACUAUUUUUUUAAAAAAUAGUUUAUAUGCUUAAAAAGAUUUCUCAGGAAAAUAGCAGAGGAAUCUAUCUACAUCUAUUCAUAGACCUGCAUUGUUGUAAGUAUCUGUCGAUGAUUCAAAAGCACAAUUUAAAUGGGGUGGAGUGAGAGUUCAGGUAAAAAGAUUGAGUGAUCAUGUUGAAGUGUGUUUCCCUAAAUUACAAAGUGCAAUUAACCACAAAAUGUGAGAGUUACUAGGGUUUUAUUUAAAUUUAACAAAAGUGGACUGUCACAUUACAGAUACUGGAAGCCCCAUAGUGCCUGCUGCUUCUAUGUUUGGAAAGAAUUUUUUAAUUUAAAAAAAGAUUGUGGUGUUUAAUGUCUAUAAG